AUGUAUCUGACGGAGGAAAUAUUUGCAAGCAGAGCUCUUUUCCGUACCCUUCGUCUUGAUUACAAAAUUCAAUACAGAAAACUCACGAAUUUUGCUCCUGCAGGCAUGUCUUUCGAACUUAUUCCCGUUGCUCAUCCUACAUCAGAUCUAGAGCGUCCGGCCGUCUUCAUAAGAGACACUCUUUCUGGAAGUCGGCAGUUAGUGGGGAAUGUUCCCGAAGGUCUUCAGAGAAAAUGUAACGAGUUUGGCUUCAAGACUUCCAAGCUUGAGCAUAUAUUUCUUACUGGGAUCUUAGAUUGGAAGUCUGUCAAUGGAUUACCAGGUCUCAUUUUAACUGUCAGCGAUCAAGGCUUGAAGAAGUUUGGGGUAUACCAUAGUGGAAAUCAGAUUCUACAGUACUUGAUAUCCUCUUGGCGUUUUUUCGUCUUUCGAUUUGGUCUUCAGUUGGAUGCCAGAGAUUUGGACUCGCCGUUUGAAUCUGAUAAAUUUAUUAUGAAACCGGUUAAUAUCGACUCAAUCAAUCCCUUGAACGUAGUGAACAAGCCUUCAGACAUAUCCAAGUUACAGAUCAUGGUUGAUCAAAUAUUUCCAACUGCUGUUGAUACCGACUUUAGUGCCAAAGUUGUCACCAAUGUUGGCUUACCGAAAUCUGUUCGGAACCCUAAGCGUUCGGUGAGUUGGAUUAUGAUGGGGAAUCCUAUUCGGGGGAAGUUCAUGGUUCAGCAGGCACGUGAAUUGGGUUGCAAAGUCGAGCAUUUCAGGCAUCUUUGCAAUUUCGAACCUGUCACGCUCGAUGACGGCACUGUCAUCAAUCCUGAACAAGUGUUAGAACCUACCAGAUGCUUUCAACCUAUUUUAUUUGUUGAGAUACCCUCUGAGGACUAUUUACAGGGAACCUUCAAUCACGACUGGAGCUCUGAAUUGAAGUCUCUAAACUCUUCAUCCUUCGGUGUUGUCUAUCAUUUCAUUGACGAUUCCAUUAAUAAUCCACUUAAUAAUCCCGAUUACGUCAAAUUUAUACAAUCUUUUGGAGACAAAACCCUUCACUUCAUUAGUCAUAAGCAGUAUGUUCCCAACUUAAUCAAUUAUGAGACUUCAUACAAUACCUCUCUCAAAUGGAAAACUCUUCUCAAAUCUUGGUUUCCCUUAUAUAGAUGGAACUCGGAACCUAAGUUACAGAUUCCGAGUUGUUUGAAGUCGACAGGAAGGGUGUUUCCCAUGGUGUCAGGUCAGGUUGUUAAUCUUAAAGCGGGAGAAGCAGUUCUGUUUCAGAAAAAUACAGUUAAUGGAACGUUGAAAGAUUCACAAUACUUCGAGAAUAUAUAUGAUAAGGAGAUAACUCCUAUUCAUUUAAAUCAGGUGGCUUCAAAAGAUGAAUUUGUGCACACUGCAAUUGACAAACAGAGAGAUUCUUUGCUACACAGCCCACCAAGGUCUGGUUCAUCCCUUAACUCUCAGAUGGAAACAGUAGUUCUUGGUACAGGUUCUGCUCUACCUUCUAAAUUUAGAAACGUGCUUUCGAAUUUGGUGAGAGUUCCUUAUAAAGGUGUCUAUAGAUGCAUUCUAUUAGAUGCAGGUGAAAAUACUCUUGGGACGAUUAAAAGGUUGUUUAGUGAUGAAGACGUGGACCAGAUUUUCGCAGAGCUCGGUAUGAUAUAUUUAUCACAUCUUCAUGCAGAUCAUCAUAUGGGAAUAACUAGUAUUAUACAGGAAUGGAUUAAAAGGCAGAAGUUACAUCCAACAUCCAACAAGCAUCUAUAUGUUGUGACUCCUUGGCAAUACGAGAAAUUUCUCAUGGAGUUGGACCAGGUGGAAUCGAUUUCUGAUCCUUCCUUAAUUCGAUAUUUGAGUUGCGAUCAAUUUAACCAUUGUUCUAACACUAUGCUGCCCGAGUUCGAGCAAGUUCCUAUAGAAGAUAUGCCAGCCAACGAGAUUCUAAAUGUGGAAAAUCAUCCCCGAGAGUUUGUUCCACGGAAUGCCACUGCUUCUGAGCUAUUUGAAGAGCUGCAUUUUCUUGAUUUCCAGACAUGUUAUGCAUAUCAUUGCGAUUAUGCCUAUUCGUGCUCUAUUACACUGGCAUUAGACGACAAAUCGCAGUUCAAAGUGUCCUACUCUGGCGACACCAGACCUCGUUAUCAGUUUGCGAAAAUUGGAUACAAAUCAGACUUGUUGAUUCAUGAAUCAACGCUUGAAGACGAUAAGUUUGAAGAUGCGUUAGCCAAAAAGCACUCGACUACUUCAGAAGCUACUCAAGUAGCCAUUCUAAUGGAAGCAAGAAAGGUGCUUCUAACUCAUUUCAGUCAACGGUAUAGGUCUUUUACUAACUCAGAGGAUGUAUACAAGCAAUUAAAUGAUCCUAAAGAGCAGGAAGCGGCUGAUGUUGAUAUUGAUGAUCAGAUUCAGCCUUCAACUCCAUUAACCUCCUUCUUGGAGAACAGGGAUCUUCUCAAAAAGGAGAACGAUGAUUCAAUUUCAAUCGAGCAGAAAGCCAAUAUUUUCAAGGUUCCAUUAAAUAAAUCCAUGAAGGAAAAUGCCAAGACGAUGCAAAUAGUAUUUGCAUUUGAUAACAUGAUAAUACGCUACGAUGACUUUGCACUACAGAGAGAAGUGAUAGAAAGAGAGGGAAGUAAAUUGGAGUUGCUAUUCAAAUCGGAGGAUAAGGAUGAGCAGGAAGAGGGGGUGCCUUCCCCUUGUAAAACUAAUAAGAAGAAGAACAAGAAGAGAAGGAUUUGA